CACACACACACACACACACACACUUACUCAUUCACUCACUCACACACUCUCACUCACACACACAGAGGAGGAAGAUGAAGUUUGUAUCUCUUUUUAGACGUUUAAAGUCAAAUGUUAUUGGAAUGAUUCAUGUUGGAGCGCUACCAGGCAGUCCGCUGAAUAGAGCUCCUCCUCCUGCGAUUGUCGAGGCGGCCUGCAGGGAGGCGGAGGAAUACACGCAGGCUGGAGUGGACGGCUUGAUCAUUGAGAACAUGCAUGACGUUCCGUAUGUGUUUGACGUUGGUCCGGAGGUGUGUGCGUGUAUGACGGCUGUGUGUACUGCAGUGAGACACCUCUGUCCAUCUCUGCCCAUAGGAGUCCAGAUCCUGUCUGCUGCCAACCGGCCGGCUCUGGCUACUGCACUGGCCUCAGGGCUGGAUUUUAUCCGAGCGGAGGGCUUCGUCUUCUCUCACGUAGCUGAUGAAGGCCUCCUGGACGCGUGUGCUGGUGAACUCCUGCGCUAUCGCAGAAACAUCGGAGCAGAACACGUACAGAUAUUCACAGACAUCAAGAAGAAGCACAGUGCUCAUGCUCUCACAGCAGACGUUAGCAUAGCUGAAACAGCGCGAGCGGCUGAGUUUUUCCUUUCGGACGGGCUGAUCAUCACCGGUUCGGCUACGGGGGUCCAGGCUGAUCCUACAGAGCUGAAAGAGGUUGCCAAAUCUGUAAAACUCCCCGUGCUGAUUGGUUCUGGAGUGACUUACGACAACGUGGAACAUUAUCUGGACGCAAAUGCUCUGAUCAUCGGCUCCCACUUUAAGAAGGACGGCCGCUGGGAGAACGACGUGGAUCCAGACAGAGUGAAGAGGUUCAUGGAGAAGAUGCACCAGCUUCGGAAGUGACAAGAUUCCCGGCGAUUCAGCCAGAUGGAAUAUUUAAAGGGCUUUUAUGAAAUGGGAGUUUGAUGAAAACUCGUUUUUGUGAUGUCACAUGGGUUCAGCUCCGUCCAUUCAUGCUGAAGUUAUGAGUGUUUCGGCCGGGACUGCUUUUUGAGCAAGGGCAGCCAAUGACAACAGAGCUCAUUUACAUAAAUCAGUCUUAAAGGUACAGUAACCAAAACAGACACACAAACAUACUGAUAAACAUACUGACUGAUUGUGUGUCUGAUUUGUUUACCUUUAAGACUGAUUGAUGUAGGUGGAGCUGGUAAUUUUAUCAGAUAAAAGUCUCCAGUACACUAAUAAAAUUGUUACAAAACGUU